UAUUACAAAUAGUGCCAUGGUGAAAAAUCUUAUACCCAUGGUGCUUUUCAGGUAUCUGUCCUCUGGAUUCCCAGGAGUGGGUUUGCUAGAUCAAAAGGAAAUCCGUCUGUAAUUCUGGUGAUAUUAUUACCAGUUCCCUUGGCAGGGAUUGAGCACACUGCCACCUCCAAGCAAGUUAAUGUUUGAAGCCCAUAUGCAGAGCUACAAGGGCGAUGACCCACUUGGUGAAUGGGAAAGUUACAUGCGAUGGGUAGAAGAAAAUUUUCCUGAGAAUAAAGAAUACUUAACAACUUUAUUAGAGCAUCUAAUGAAGGAGUUUUUAGAUAAGAAGAGAUAUCACAAUGACCCAAGAUUCAUUAAUUAUUGUCUAAAAUUUGCCGAGUGCAACAGUGACCUUCACCAGUUUUUUGAGUUUCUGUACAACCAUGGCAUCGGAACCCAGGCAGCUCCUCUGUACAUAGCCUGGGCCGGACAUCUGGAAGGCCAGGGGGAGCGGCAGCAUGCCAGUGCCGUUUUUCGGAGAGGAAUUCAGAACCAGGCCGAACCUCGAGAGCUGCUGCAGCAACAGUACAGGAUGUUUCAGGCACGCCUCACUGAAACCCAUUUGCCUGCUCAAGUGAGACCGUCAGAACCUCUGCAUGAUGCUCAGAUUUUAAAUCAAAUGGUAACAUCAAAAUCACAUCCAGGAAGUAACUCAGCCUGCAUUUCUAAGAAUCAGGGUCCACAACUUUCUGGAGCAACACCUGCAGCUGGUGAUAAAGGGUCGAACAUGCAAGUACAGGAACAAAGGGUGAUCACAAUUUCUAAAUCAGGAUAUUCUGCACACCCGUCCGUGGCAGACAACGCUGAUGUUCAGCAGGUUGUCAUGUAUUGCAAGGAGAAGCUUAUUCGUGGAGAAUCGGAGUUUUCCUUUGAAGAGCUGAGAGCCCAGAAGUACAAUCUACGGAGAAAGCAUGAACAAUGGGUAAAUGAAGAGAGGCAUUAUAUGAAAAGGAAAGAAGCAAAUGCUUUGGAAGAACAACUAUUAAAACAGAAAAUGGAUGAGCUUCAUAAGAAGUUGCACCAAGUGGUGGAGUUGUCGCAGGAGAACCUGCCCUCUUCCCAGGGGACAUCUAAGGUCAGUCCAGCGUGUUUGGAGCCACACACAGCCUCCCAGCAGGAACUAAGAGCUCCGGGUCUUCCAGCCAUCCCUCAGCAGACCUUGAAGAACGUGGAUGAGAAACCCAGAGAGGCAUCUUCUGUUCCUCUCAUGGCAAAUGCUGUCACCACUGCUUUGGUGUCCCCAGCCGUCAACCAGGGCGUAGCUUGCCCAGGACCUCUGGCAGGCCAGCCAGGGAUGGACGCCAUGUUUUCAGGGGCCAGCAGAGAUGCCAGGUGUGUGAACAAAAGUACUCAUGAAUUCAGGCCACAGAGCGGAGCAGAGAUAAAAGAAGGGUGUGAAACACAGAAGGUUGUUAACACAAGUUCCUUUCACACAACUCCAAACACAUCACUGGGACUGGUUCAGGCCACACCAUCCAAAGCACAGCCGUCACCCACUGUGCAUACGAAGGAAGCUCUCGGUUUCAUCAUGAACGUGUUUCAGGCUCCUACACUUCCUGAUAUUUCUGAUGACAAAGAGGAAUGGCCAUCGCUAGGUCAAAAUGCGUUCGAAGCCCAGUUUCAAAAAAAUGCACCAUCUUCUGGGGCUUGGGGAGUCAAUAAGAUCAUCUCUUCUUUGUCAUCUGCUUUUCCUGUAUUUGAAGAUGGAAACAAAGAAAAUUAUGGAUUACCACAGCUGAAAAAUAAACCUGCAGGAGCCAGGACCUUUGGAGAACGUUCCGUGAGCAGGUUUCCUGCAAAACCAAAUGAAGUGCCUCACACUGAAGAGUUUCUGGAUGAUUCAACCGUGUGGGGUGUCCGCUGCAACAAAAGCCUGGCGCCCAGCCCCAAGAGCCCAGGAGACUUUAGGUCCGCCGCGCAGCUCGCGUCUACACCUUUCCAUAGGCUUCCCGUGGACUCCGGGCACCCACUGGAAGAUAAAGAAAAUAUGGUAGCAAACCAGCACACCCAUGUGGCUUUGGAUUCUUGUGAAAGAAGCAAGGUGGAACCCUUGAAAGAGAGAAAGUUCAGCCCAGCUGAAGAGACAAGCCCAGACCCAGUGUGCCCCACAGAUGGCCCUUUGGCGUCCUUGCUCCGCCUGGGCCAGCCUGCUGCGGCCGUGCUGACUCGUGAGCCAGAGCAGGGCCUCGAGGCCUGCAAAGCCACAGACCCCGACUUUGCCACUGCAGAGGAUCCAGCAGAAGCCAGCGCUGGGCUCCAGGCUGAACUGAUGCAGGCUGACUCGCUUGGGAAUGUCGACGCUCCAAACUUUACUGUUGAGAAUCCCUGGGAUGAGGAGUUGAUUCUCAAACUUUUAUCCGGGCUUUCUAAACCAGUGAGUUCCUAUCCAAAUACUUAUGAAUGGGCAUGUAAGCUUCCAGCCAUCAAGCCCAAGACUGAAUUCCGCCUAGGUUCUUUGCUGGUCUACGUUGAUCACUUUCUUGGAGAAGGGGCUUUCGCCCAAGUCUAUGAAGUUACCCAUGGAGAUGUGAACAAUAGCAAAAAUAAGGAGAAAUUUGCUUUGAAGGUCCAGAAGCCUCCCAACCUCUGGGAAUUCUACAUUGGGACCCAGCUGAUGGAGAGACUGAAGCCAAGUAUGCAACACAUGUUUAUCAAAUUUUAUUCGGCCCACCUGUUCCAGAACGGCAGCGUGUUAGUAGGAGACCUCUACAGUUACGGCACGUUGUUAAAUGCCAUUAAUCUCUAUAAAAAUACCCCUGAAAAAGUGAUGCCUCAGGCACUAGUCCUCGCUUUUGCUAUCAGAAUGCUCUGCAUGAUCCAGCAAGUCCAUGACUGUGAAAUCAUCCAUGGAGACAUCAAGCCAGACAAUUUCAUACUCGGAAACAGAUUUUUGGAACAAGACAGCAAAGAUGAUGACUUAUCUGCCGGCUUGGUCCUGAUUGACCUGGGUCAGAGUAUAGACAUGAAACUUUUUCCAAAAGGAACUGCAUUUACAGGAAAGUGUGAAACUUCUGGUUUCCAGUGUAUUGAGAUGCUCAGUAACAAGCCAUGGAACUACCAGAUUGAUUACUUUGGAGUUGCUGCAACCGUAUACUGCAUGCUUUUUGGCACUUACAUGAAAGUGAAAAAUGAAGGGGACAUCUGGAAGCCUGAAGGUCUUUUUAGAAGGCUUCCUCACUUGGACAUGUGGAAUGAAUUUUUUCACAUAAUGUUGAAUAUACCCGAUUGUCAUCAUCUUCCGUCUUUGGAUUUGUUAAGGCAGAAGCUAAAGAAAAUAUUUCAAGAACACUAUACCAGCAAGAUCAAGACCCUGUGUAAUAGGCUAAUUGUACUGCUCUUAGAAUAUAAGCGUUCUCGGAAAUAAAAUAUGGACACUCCCUGGAGAUCACCUUGUAAAUACUUGCCCAUUCACUCAGUACCUCGAUGUCUACAUUUAUUAUUACUGUAAAUGUUUCUUAAAAAUAAAAGCCCACAAAGUA